AUGUCCUCAUAUGGUAGAUCCAAAAAAGACCAUUUUUGGCGAAAAUGUUACAGGAAACUGGCAGAAGUGAGCGAUGACAGCCGUCGGCAGAGUGUCAGACAUCACUCUAUUAGACGCUGGAAAAAUGUACAGGACCCACGACAUGUCGAAAAACCUAUCGCCUUUGAUUAUUGGGCCGCAUUGACUCCGAAGUCGAGGUCUAAGCCCUUUAUGCCUACAUCCAUUAGUAAGCCGAGACCCAAACGUACUGUAUCGGGAGCCGCCACUGCACCAGCCUCUGGUUGCAGUUACAGUAAAGAUUCGUUAUCUCCACAGACUUAUAGUACAGCGGAAACGUCCAUACCUAAUAAUGAUUUUGAACCACGACCUACACUAGAUCCUCGUAGUAACGGUAGUUUCCGAAGUAAUAUCAAAUCAAACAGAUUCAACAAGGUAGGUGAAAUGGAACCUGGUUUUUGCCUGGGAUUCAUGUCUGACAGUGCGACUGGAGCAAGUGCUACAAGUGCUUCAGUUUACAGUGGAGGCGAGAAAAGCGAUGAUUCCCAAACAAGUUUGGACAGUGGUAUUUUUGAUUCACGAAGCUUUGAGAGUCUAAUAAAUUCAUUCGAUUGGUACGCUACAAAUGUCUUUAAAAGGUUAGAGACAUCGGUAUUGUCUUUUUUAAACUCUAAAGAACCAAACGAGGAUAAAAGUAGUGCUAUGUGCUCUACUGUCUCACCGCUCCGUAGCGAACUGCCAGAUUCAGUAUUAACACCCUGCACCGGUGCAGCCACCCAGUGGGAUUACGCAAUUGAUGAAGCCAUCUAUGGUCAACAUGCCAAAUGCUUUAUAUGA